AGAACUGGAAAAAGUAAAACACCAUUUGAGGCAGGAAUUAAAAGAAGCCCAUGAAAGGGAAGAGGAGCUGGAAUUUAAAUUUCUUGAACUGGAAGGAAGUGAUGAUGGGGAAAUCCCUGGUCCAUUGGCUACCUCCAGCCCAGAUAAAAGCAGAUCGAGCAAUGGCAUUCAAGGCCUGGAGGAAAUGCUGAUGGAAGCUAAACAGCAAGAUAUUGAUUUUCAAGACUUGCUACAGCAACUAGAGGAAGUUAAAAACCAUAUGGAUAUAGCUGGCAGUGAUCAGAGUAAAUUGGCACUUCUGAAGGCUCAUGCUUUCCUGGGAAUUCUAGACAAGACGCUGAAAAAUUCCAAGUCUUUCGGGAAUGAGCCGACUGAAUCCUCGCCCUGGCAGAACGCUUCUCAUAGAGACGAGAGGCUGCUAUCAAGCCCUGCUACAACAACAACAACCUCUGCGAUAUCAUCUGGCCCGUCCAGUCAGGAUGUGUCUAAAGAAGAUGGGGAGGAAGAGAAACCAGGCUGUUCGUGCGACACUGAUCUGACCACUGCUUUGACCAGUCAACUGACCGCUGCACAGAAGCGAAUCCUCAAGUUGGAGAAUGUCUUCCAAGACGUGAACAAAGCUGUUGAGGUCUACAAGGACAAACUCAGCAUGUCUGACAGUGCGAGAGAGAGGGAUAGGGAAGUGAUGGAAUCUCUGAGGGCACAGCUACACCAGCUUGCUGAUGACCCGUCCACGGGGGGACGAAUCCUCAAAGAGAGGCUGGAAAAACUAGAACAGGCUGAAAAGAGAGCAGACAAUCUUGAGAAAACAGCAUGGGAGUUACAGUCCAAGGUGAUAUGUCUACAGCAGGAUAAACACUCUCUGGAGGAGAGGCUGGAAGGCUCUGAGCAUGGUCGUAUUAUUAUCCUGGCUGAGGAUGCAGAAGUUCAGGAGGAGAUGGAGAAACUUAGGGCCAAAGUCAGCAGCUGUGAAAAAUCAGAGACAGAGUUGAUGGAGAAAAACUUGUCCCUAGAGAAGGAGAUUUACAAAUCUCGGACAGAGAACACUGAGCUGACCACUCAGGUGGACAGUCUAACUGACCAAAUAGAGAGGUUAAAAGUGGAGCUGGACAGGCUCAGCAACCGUCAUGGCAUCUCUGAGAACCAUGAGGAUGCCUCAGAGACUUUGACCACUCUUAGGGAGGAGAUAGCUCACUUACAAUCUGAACUUGAUGAAAAGAACUCUGAGAUAAACCACCUGAAAAAUUUACUGUUUGACGGAGAUGUGCUGGAGCAGAUUCGGCAACUUGGACAGGAAAUGGGCGUGAUUAAAGAGGAGAACAUGACACUACGCAAUCAGCUCCGUGAGAAAGGGAGUCCCAAAGUGGAUGAACGACUGAGAUCUUUGAUUCUGGAACCAAAGGGAGAUAGCUCUUCAAAACACAGUGUGGAGGACCUGCAACAAGAUCUAGAUAAUGCCAACGCCCAGAUUGAGCAGUUGAGGAAAAAAUUACGCUUGGCAGAGGACACUAUUAAUGACCUUGAAUCCAGUGAAGGAGAACUGAGGGACAAUUUAGAGGUCACUGAGAAGAAAGAGGUGGAUUACAAAAAGAAAAUCAGCAGCUAUCAGAAGACAAUACGCGACUUGCGUGACCAGCUUGCGGACAGAGACCUUGUGGAGGAAAGUUUGCAAGAGAAGUUGAAUUCACUGGUUGAUUUGGAAGCUGCUCAAGCUAAGCGCAUUGCUGAGUUGGAGUCAAUCGAAGCCUCGCUAAAUCACCGCUUAGAGCUGAAGGACCAAGUAGCAGUUGACUUUGACCUUGUGGCAUCUUUGGAAUCUACAGUAGAAAAUUUACAGUCCAAAAAUCGUGACUUAGAACAAAAAGUGGAAGAAUUGGAAGACAGUGAAGCCACGCUGAAGAAGAACUGGCAGGCUGUAGCGGAAGAGGACACCAGUCGGAUUAUGCAUUUAGAGGAGAAAGUGCGAACCCUUGAUCUGACCAAUCAUCAGCUGAAAAACAAACUGCGUGAAGACGAGGCUGAUGCAGCCUUAAUUGACGAAGUUGUGUUUUCUCCUAUCUCCUCAGGACCCAAGACUGGUAGCAGGUCAGAAUCAAACUUAAACAUGAUUGGUCGUGAGAGUUCACCCUCUGACCUUGGUGCAAAAGUGGAGGAAUUGGAAAAUAGACUUCAGCUUGUGUCUGAGGAGAAAAAUUCCAAAAUUGAAUCUCUUCAAGAAAAACUUGAUGUUUUGCGAGAAACGGAAAUCAAACUCAGUGAAACAGUGUUCGAAAUGGAACAGGAAGAAAAACAUUUGCGAGCUAAACUUGCACUGUACGAGAACUCUGUUGUAACAGUUGAAAACAUGGCUAGGUACGAACAGAAGUUGGAAGAAAUGAAGAAUUCUGAACAUGAUUUGCUCAAUCGAAUGAAUUCUUUAGAAAAUCGUGAGUUUGAUUUGAAGGAUAAAUUAGAGGAGACUGAGAUGAAGUACAAAUCUGAGGUUGACAAAUUGGAGAGGAAUAUUUCUAAUUAUCAGAAACUGGAAGAAAAAUUACUGGACAAAAUUCAUGAUCUAGAGACUAAAAAUAAAGAACUUGAGAAAAAAUCCAAACAGUCUAGAAGUUCUGGUUCUGGUAGGGAAGGAUCUCAUAAAUCAGUCCCUAAUCCAGAGACUGAACGUCAACUGAAUGACCUGAGGACUAGGGUGAGGGAACUCAGGGCAAAGGUUAGCUCCCUUGAAAAACAGAACAAAGAGCUAAAGGAGAAGCUGGCUGCCCUGAAUACAGAGAGAGAAGAGCUCUUAGCCAAAAACAGCAAACUCAAAUCUAGACUGUCAGAUUUGGAGUACUUGGAGAAGAAAGUUGAAGUUCUUCAGGAUGCUGAAGCCAAAUUCUCCGAAAGAGUCUGUGAACUUGAGCAAGCCAAUUCUCAGUUAGAGCAGCAGUUACAGGCUAGUCAUGAGGAGAGUUCAUCUGUAAAUGCUAAACAGGAAAGUGUAAACAAAACCUCAUCUGCAUUAUUUGAGAAAAACCAACAGCUUGAGGAAGAGAACCAGAGCUUGUCUUUACUGGUUCAGAGACAAUCAAAGAUGCAAGUAGAUGGUGAAUCUCUCCGUGAAAAAGUCACACUAUUGGAAAAAGCCGAGGACAAACUCAUGGAACGCGUGAUGGAACUGGAGCAGUCAGAAGAACUGUUGAAGGCUCAGUUGGCUAGAGCUGAGGAGGCAACCUCAGUUCUUCCUGAGCUCCAGAAUAAAUUGCACACGACAGAAGACGCCACAGAAUCCUUACAAAGCACACUCCGAGAGUGGCAGGAAAAGUACAAUAAACUUCGUGAGGAAAUGGCGAACUUGGAGAAUGUGAGGACGAAGGACAAGCAGAAGAUCACCAUGUUGCUGGAGACAGAAGAGAAUCUCACAGAAGCCCUGACGACACAGAAACAACGGGAGCAUGAACUGGAGGAAGAUCUGGAAGCCUCUGAGGAACGCAUUGAAGAACUGCAGCUCAAAGUACAAGAGCUUCAAGAGGAGUGUGACCAAGUAAGGAGCGAACUGAGAGAUGUGGGUGAGCACAGAAACGAGGGCAAUGUUGAAGACCUGCAGGCUGAGCUAGAGGCAACCCAGGAAAAACUGGAGGAGAUUCAGACAGAGUAUGAGCAGACCAUUGGAGAGCUUGAGAACAAUGAGAGAAAACAAAGGGAAGCUUAUGAGGGAAAGAUCAGUGAACUCAAAGAAGCGGAGAAAAUUACGAAGCAAACUCUUCAGGAAGAGACUGCUGUGAAAGUCAAUGCCCUUCACGCCAAAAUAGACGAUGUCAGUCUUCAGUUAGAAAAACAACUAGAGCUGAACAAAACUAGAGAAGAAGUAACCCAGAAACUGACCAAUGAAAAUGCUCAACAGAAAGAAAAGAUCAGCCAACUGGAAAUGUUGGUUGAUGCUUUAAAAUCUCUUCAACCAGAAUCUGAAUCUUUUUCCAAAAUUUCUGGUAUUACCAGUGACAACCAGAUUGAAGCUAAGGCUGAACCAAAACGGUACCAAAGCACAUGUAGUUUUACAUUCCAACCAUCCACUGCCUCAAAACAAGUCCUCAGUCAUCAGGAAAGUUUUGAGAAUCGCACUGCAGAAGGCUCAGAGACAGAAAGCCAAACUCAUGCUCAAAUGAGCAAUAUUUCCCAGGAUUCAAGUCUGGAUGAACUUUUACAGGAAAGAGAACGAUUGCUCAUUGAAAUUGAGGAACUGAAACAUGCACUAGAUCAGACUUGGGCUCAGUCAGAGAGACUGCAAAAAAUAACCAUUGAGGAAACAAAGUCUGAGUUCAUCACCAAAGAAAUCAUUUAUAGAGCAAAAGUUGACCAGUUGAAUGGAAAACUUAAUAAGGAUUCAAUUUCUAGUCGACAUAAUAAAUCAAAUUCUCUGCAAGAGAUGGCUGCUUUGAGAGACACUUUGGAGGAAUUGAAAAAGCGAGAAGCGCUGUAUUGUAGAGAGAUCGAGAGUAUGCGUAAUAACUUUCAUCAGCUUCGUCAAAGUGCUCAGUUGCCAAAGGGACCAGUCAUUAAUUUACCUCACAAAAAAUACUCAGAGAUGACUCAGAAAGAACUCUUGGAGACAGUACAUGUGUUAGAAGGGGAACAAAAAGUAUUACGUAAAAAUCUGGAGGAAUUAAAUGAACAGUUUGUGACUUUCCGGGAAGCAUUGGAUGAGAUUACUGCCUGUCUACGAGAAGAAGUCCUUGAUGGAAGCCCAGGCAGCAGAGGUGAUAUUCAGGGGAAAAAGACAUCAACACUCCAUCAGAAAUUCUCUGAUUUGGCCCAAGCAGAGGCUGAACUGCAGGACAGAAUUAAUUUCCUCAAACUUUCAGGAUUGACCAUGGAUUCUAGUCUUGAAGAAAAUCAGAACUUGUCGCUGGUUGAAUACGAGACAUUGGUGAUGGAGUUGAGAGAGAAGGUGGACAGCCUACAGGAGAAAGAGAGCAGGUUAAAACGACGCCUCUAUGAGAAGUCUGGAAUAGGACCAAAUACUCAGGUUCGAAAACUCUACGAUCGGAUCAUUGAUCUUGAAGCAUCAGAAUCCAGAUUACAACGAAAAGUGGAAUAUCUCCGGCUGUCAGAAGAGGACUUGCAUCGUCGUUUAGCAGCAGCUCAAAACCGUGAACCAACAACGACCAAAAAAUCUGUGUUGCUUACUUCAGUGCUUCCAAAACGUGAGUCUCAAAAGGAGGAACUUCAAAUCACCAUUGAACAGUUUAAGAAAAAUGAAUCCUCCUUGAACCGUAGGAUUGAGGAACUGCAGAAGAAAAAUGAGGAUCUGAACCAGAAAAUUGGCUCCUUUCGGGGUUCUGAAUGCUCUCUGAACAGGAAGCUGGAGAUAGCGGAAAGUAUAGACAAGGGAGGUAACACCAUGUUGGAAAAGCCAGAGGACGUUCUUACCCAAAGGGUACGGGAGCUGGAGAAAAGUGAAAAACUGCUAAAAAAACAGGUGAGAGAAUUAGAAGAAGACAAAGAAAAGUUGAUUGAACUAUCCAGCCAUGAGAAGACCCUAGUCCAUGAACAGAAUGAGGAAAUUCAUAAACUCCAGCUCUCGGAAAAGGCUCUCAAAGAUCAGGUCAACAAUUUUGAGCUGUCAGAACGCUGCUACAUGUGCUUGCUACAUGUGAAAAUCCAGAAACUUGAAGAUGAGGUGAAUACCGUGGAGGAUAAACUCAGAGUUAUGACAGCCAAUGAGGGAAGAUAUCAGGAGAUUCUGAAAAAAUACAAACUGGACGGAGAAUUGAACGCAGCAAAGUCAGAGAAUAUGGUAGCUACUGUCGAAGAGCUAUCUAUGUCCGAAACUGCUCUGAAAAAACGAGUGCAGCAGUUGGAAAUGGAGAAUUCAGAGAUCACAGGAAAGUCUGAGUCCUUAGAUAAGCAGUUGAAAUAUGUGGAAGAUGCUAAAAGUUUGUUGAAUCGCCAUCUGAGAGAGGCUGAGCAAGAGAAGAAAACUUUGUGUGACCAGAUGAAUGCUGUUCAGCAGCUAAAGGGAACAGCUCAACAGAGGAAUGAAGAGCUGGCAAAGCUGAACCAGACUCUGUCUAACAAGAUUCAUAAGCUACAGGAGGAAAAGGCAGGUUUGGUGUACAAGCUAUCUCACAGUCAGAUCCAGAUUGAGGCACUGGAGCGAAAACUUGGAUCUGUCAGGGAAUCGGAACUAAAACUAAAACACCAGGUCAGCGACCUUGAAAAGUGCCAGCAAGGACUUCACAAAGAAGUGAAGGAAUUCCGACUGCGAGAUAUCGAUUCACAGGCAAAGCUCCGAGAAAUGGACCAGGAAGUGGUUCUACUGAAGGAUCAGCUGACGAAACUGAAACACCGAGAGAAGACUUUGCGUUACAGAGUACAGGAGCUGGAGAAUGCUAAUCCAGGGUCCCCCUUGUCCAGUAUGUCCCUAGACUUGGACUCGUCAGCACAGUUCAAUAAUUAUCAGCAAAAAAUACUUACCCUAACUCGAGAAAAUGAAGAACUGAAAUCUGAGAUGGAAAAGCGCAACGUCCUGUUUGAGAAAUCAGAGAACAGCUCUCUCUCAGCAGAGGAAAUCAAACGGCUUCAGGAUAGAGAAAUUUCAUGGGAGGAAUCUCAGAAUAAUUGUGGUCAUGAAGAAGAGGUUAUGAGAUUGAAGGAGAGGUUGGAUGCUUAUAGUGAAACCAUUCAGAGAUUACAGAAAGCUUUAGAGAUCAGAACUGAACAAGAAAAAGAUGUCAACACAGUGGAGAUCCAUGAGAACAUGAUCCAGCCAGAAGUGGUCCACAAACCACAAGCAUCUGUCAAUCAGGGAGGCAGAAGCCCCACCCAGUCUAAAGUGAAGGCUACAACAGGAUUCUUCCCUUCCUUAUCCCAGGAAGACUCUGAGUUGAUUGUCAGAAGCCUAAGAAAUAGUCUCAGUGAAGAAGAAGUGGAAGAAAUUAUGCAAAAGGUUGUGAAUAAACCUGGCCAUACAGACGAGAAAUUGAUGGCUGUAGAUGAUGACGAGCGGUGGCAGAAAAUAGAGUCCAUGAACUUUGACCCUCUAAAUGACUCAUUAUCAGAGGAUUCUCAUUGGGGGAAGAUUGAAACAGCCAGACAGCUGGACCAAUCCCCUUCAAGACGCACAAGGUCAAAGGGCACUGGCCAUGAGGAAAUUGGCAUGGACAUUACACUUCUGAGUGAACAGUCUCAGAACGACAGUGAUUCCAGUGCCCAGGACCUGCCACCAGUUAAAAAGAAAACCAAAACUGUAACUUUGUUCAAAACCAAAGCACGAUCUAACCAAAACAGUGCCCCGCCUCCAUUACCCAGCUCAUUGCCGCCAUCUUUGCCAUCAAAGGGGUGCGGGACCUAUUGCAGGCUUGUCACCCGUGGAUUUCACGGACGAGACAGUGACAGUGCAGACGAGGUUCCAUAUUUCGAGGAGUAUAGUGAAGCAGAGACAUCCUUGAGCGCAAAGCCGGCUCCUGGGCUGCGAGGUGAUGGAAAAGGCUCAGGGGAGAUAACUGCUGGUCAUACAGCAGGCAGUUUGGUGACCCGAUUGGAGGAUGUACAAAGGCAACUAACUGAGUCUGGAAAAUUAAAUGCUGACAACCCACUAAGGUGGAAACGAGAGGCUGAAGAAAAUGUCAGACAACUUGGACUUUCGAAAGAUGACAACAAAAACCUAAAAGAUCAGAUCAAUAAGCUUGAACAUGAGUUGGAGGAGAAGAGCAGAUAUAUAGAGAUUCUGGAGGCCCUACUGAAAGCAGUGGAUAAUAUCAUGGAUAUGAGGGGCUCCAUGAGUGAUGAAGAAAUCGCCCAGAAACUAGGAGAAUCAUUGAAAAAGACAAAAUCACAGGUGGAGGAGAGUGGGAUGACCUCUCACACUGGAGUCAAGGACAUGGCAGCUUUGGUCACUGACCUUCACAUGAAGGAGCGUGACCUUGUAUCAAAGUCUAAUGAGGUAAGCAGUCUUAAGAGGGAGGUACAGAUGUGGCAGGAUGAAUAUGAAACGGUGGAACAGAUGAGAGUAAAUGCCCUCGAUUGCCUGCAGUCUCUAGAGUUGGAGGUGAUGAGACUGCAGGGAUCUAAUGAAGAAUUAGUUGAUCUGAAAGAGCAACACAACAGAACUCUGCAAAAGGUAAAUGCUCUUGAGCAGAAGUGUUCACAUCUUGACACUGUUGUCAUGGAAAAGGAGGUAUGUGUGAAGGAGAUUGCAGCACUGCAGACAAAACUUGAGGAUUAUGGGAAAGUAGAAGGAGAGUUGGCAGUGUUAAAAGAUCAAUUUGAGGUCACAGAAAAGGCGCUGAAAGAUCGGUUGGAGUCUGAAAAGGUGCUGCAGGAGGAUAAUGAUGAACUGACAAGAAAACUGUCAGAACUGGAGAGAGAUCAUCAGGAAGAAAAAUCUAAACUGUUGACAGAGUUGGAAUCUUUGAAAUCCAGGUGUGGUGAUCUUGAACACGAGAAGGAACAGCUGGAGAAGCAAGUUACAUCAUUGCAGUCUAAAGUGGAGGAGUUGAUGAAACAGUGCCAAGAAAAGGAUUUGAAAAUCCAGGCCCUGAGUGCUGAAUUGGAGAAACUGAAAGUGAAAGAAGACAAACUACCAUUGGAAAGUAAUGGUUUGAAUGGAUCUGUGUCCUCUCCUGAUAUAUCAUUCCAGGAUGCGGAGAUUGUGUCAAGCACCCACCGCCCUGUACAGAUUGAGCGUCCCUCCUCUGAGUCUUCUGUUAGCCUAGAGGGACUUCCUGCCCGGUCUGCGUCAGUCGACCCUUCCAAACGCAGACGACGUAUGUUACCCACAGCACGCUCCAUCACGCCCUCACCCAUGUCAAACGGUCACUCGCGGGCAAGGGAAGCAAGAUUUGAGUCCAGGGUCACCCUCCAUCUCCAGAACAGCAAUGUUCAGAGCAGUGAUCCUCAGGCUAAGACAUUUGUGGCUGUGGCAAACUACAAUCCUUCUCUGUUCUCCCGUAGUAACAGACCAAGAGAUGAGCUGAAGCUAUAUGAGGGGGACACGGUCUAUGUUAAAGGCGAGAAGGAUGACCAGGGUUACUACGAGGCUGAGGUGAAUGGUCAGAAAGGCCUGGUACCAGCCAGUUACCUGUUACCUCUACCUAUAGACAAGGACAUACUGCGCUCCAUGGUGGAGAGAAGACAACAACAACAACAGAGAGCUCCAGCUUACCUUGACCAGUCCCCAGAGCACAUUUUACAGUUACACAGUGAGCUAUAUCAGUCAGCUAACAAUCUCGGAGUAGCACCUGGUAAUGCAGCACCUCAGUCACCAUCACCAAUCCAACUCACUCGUCCCAAAACAGCCCCACCUACAACCCAGGAAGGUCGCCGUCGACUACCUCAAGUGAAUGGUAAUGGCAAUAUUUCACCUCAUGACUUGCCUCACACCUCACAGACCUUACCCCGGCUGUACAAACCGGUGGCCAUUCAACCUCAUUACCGAUCACUGACACUGCCAAAAAAGAAAGCACCGGUCUUCCAAGGUCCUCCAUCCCCUCCCAGGGACUUCAAGGUGGAGAGAAUUGUGGGAGAACAUGGUGUGAUGUUGUCAUGGCGGCCCCCAGAGCUGGACGAGUUUGCCAGGAGCAACGGUUCGGAACUCUCAGGAUAUGUGAUUUACCUCAAUGGACGUGUGUGUAAGAAAGUGACGAGCCCACACCUGUCUAAAGUUGUUAUAGAAAAUCUGGAUGUGGAUGAGAGCCUCAAGUUCCUGAUCCAGUCUCUGGCUGUGAAUGGUCAGGCAUCCUCUCUCGUGGAGGCAGAGUGGGACAGAGACAACAGCCUCAUGUCAGACUCCAGCUUUGAGGGCUGCUCAGAGACUGACCUCUCCUCUGUCCUGUCCAGCGUCCAGUAUGACCAAGGACACAAACGGGCGUUCCUGGCUAUCUAUGACUACUCCCCCACAGAACACUCCCCUCAUGAUUACACAGGUUGUGAACUAGGAUUCCGUGCAGGGGAUACGAUCACAGUCUACGGGAGACUGAGACCAGAUGGAUUCUACCAUGGAGAGAUCAGUGGAAAGCGAGGGCUCGUACCUGCCAGCUUUAUCGAGGAAGUUCCACAUGGUGCUCAAAAUAGAAAGGCAGUAUCUCGCGCCCAUUUGAAACUAACUUCCCAACGCAAUCACUGAGUCAUCUUACAGACAAAUGUUUAAGACUGCGGACACAUCGGGUGGCUUCAGGGAUGACAGGACACUCAAAAACCUCUUCAGGUGUCUGUGGGCACCCUGUAUGAUUCCAAGGGUGACUCAUGAGCAACCUGCGAGAAACUCUGGAGCUAACUGUGCAGGAGUCCAGGCUGUCCUCCAGGUGUGAAGGUUGCGGAGUUCGCAUGUCUUUAAGCAUUACCUUUAUCAACAUCUCAAAGAAUCACCAGUUCUGAUUAGAAGAUACUUCAACUGAGGACUUCCCAAGAGGACUUAAGAGUCCUAAGUGCUAACUGAUAUCACAGUAUUACUGGAAAUCACAAGAUCUUCCCAAACCAGGUUUUUCUAUCAACAAGUCAGCAAUUUUCAUGUACUUGGGAGAAAAAUCACUGAAAUAUGCAUUUAAUAUUCCAGAUCUGUGUCAUGUUUAUAUUGGUGCUACUUAAUCAAAGGUUUUGCAUUUUGAUUUUGCUGAGAAAUUAGAGCACUAUCGAGAAUGAUGAAGUUAUUCAAUGUCAAUCUCAAAAAAAAAGAAAAUAUCCCACCUAAUAAAAUUUCAUAUGAAGUGCUAUUGUUUGCAAUGAAUUGUUUACAUAUACUGCCUUGUGCAUGGUUCAUUUUAGGUUGUGUAUGUCCCUGAAACAAAGUCUUCCUUUACCUAUUA